CAGGGCGUGGCGGGAUAGGAAGCUCUCCGGUGGAGGACCAAGAAUAGUCCUCCAAGCUAGCUAGUUGCAGAGAAGAUGGCUGCAGUGGGGAUUUUCAGACCAGAGUCUGAAAACAUAACACUGUUUGCCAUGUUUCGGGACGGUUAAGCUCCGCGUCGCCCAACUCUUUCUUUAUUUCUUCACGGUCUGAAAGGGAUAAACCAUGGGAUCUCAAACACUUCAGAUCCUGAGGCAAGGAGUGUGGGCUUCUGUUACAGGAGGCUGGUAUUACGAUCCCCAUCAAAAUACAUUUGUUAAUGCCUUACACCUCUACAUAUGGCUCUUCCUACUUUGUUUCCCUUUUACGCUGUACAUGGCCCUUCCCCCCACGAUGGUCAUCGUGGGGAUCUACUGCGGGGUGAUCGCCGCCUUGUUCCUCCUGCUGAAGGCGGUCAAUUACCGGCUGCACCACGCCCUGGACGAGGGCGAGGUUGUGGAGCACCGGGCCGCGGAGGCGGGGGGGAGCAGAGCCAGCACCGAGGGAGCCAACGACGGCAGCGCCACCCGCCAAGAGGACAGCAACGGGCCAGGAGAUCCUGGAGGGGGCAUCGAGAUGGCGGACUUCAUUCGCGAUGAGACGCCGCCGGUGGACUGCAGCUCCCGGAACUCCUACACCGCCAUGGAUUCCAGCCACCAGAUUGCAUCCACGCAUGGAGGCACAAGCUCAGCCAAAGGAGGAGACGUAGGGAAGACCUCAGAUGACAUCAGCUUGAGUCUUGCUCAGAGCUGCAGCCUGUGUAAAGACGGCAGUCAGGACCAAGACCUGAUGUCUGACCCAAAGAUGUACUGCCUCGUCUCCAACGACUCCUUCGCCUCCAUGCAGCCUUCCACCUCCCUGGGCCCCUCGGAGCUGGCCCGGGACCCCGCGGACCCCUGCGGCUCCGCCUCUCUGCAGCUCAACCAAUCGCUGUCCUCCGCCGGCGACGGCGAGUCCGGCUCGCUCGUCCCGCUGCACUCGCACUCCCAGUCCUUCCGGAAGGACCCGCGGCCCCGCGGCCUCCCGCGCACCUCCAGCUCCGCGGGCUCCGCCUUCCCUGACCCCUCCCUGCCGGACUUCAGCCUGUACCCCCCUCCCCGGAGAGGCGGGCUGGACCCCGUCUGCGAGCUGGAGGCCCCCAGGCCGGCGCGGGCCGGGGCGGGGGCGGGGGAGGGGGAGGCGGAGCCCGGGCGGGACCAGGCGGUGGCCUCCACCUCGGGGGCGGAGUGCUGCCGGCACCACGACCCGCUCCGCCCGGCGAGCUCGGCCUCGCGGGACGCCGGGGAGGGCGGGUCCGGGCUGUACCAGGCGGAGCAGGGGGCGGGGCGGGGCGCGGGGGGGGGGAGGCCGCUGAGGGGGGAGCGCAGCGCGGACAGCCUGCGCAGCCUCAGCACCCGCAGCAGCGGCUCCACGGAGAGCUACUGCAGCGGCACCGACCGCGACACCAACAGCACCGUCAGCAGCUUCCACAGCGAGCAGACCAGCUCCACCCACGUGGAGAGCCUGCUCUCGCUCUCGGGGGACGAGCGGGGGGGCCGGGAGAGGGGGGACCCCGGCGGCGCCUCCUCCUCGGCCCCCGCCGACAGCAGCCCCAGCGUGGCCUCCGCCCCCCGCGGCCCCAACGGCCUGCCGUCCGGCGAGGCCAACAAGAACCCCCACGCCAACGAACUGACGGCCAAAUCUCUGCCCGCCCCCCCCGCGCCCGCGCCCGCGCCCCCGGACCCCGCCGAGCCCUGCGGCUGCGCAGACGAGCCGGGGGCGCGGCCCGGCGCCGAGGGCUCGUCCCGGGACCCGGAGCGGGACGGGGAGGACGUGCGGCCCAAGGCGGCCCACCCGGUCCAGCGGACGUCCUCGUCCUCGGCGGGGCGCAGCGGGCGGCGGCGGACGGGGAAGAAGCGCGCCAGCAGCUUCGACGCCAGCCGCCACCGCGACUACAUGUCGCUGCGGGGCAUGGCCAAGCCGCGCAGCGCCGUCUUCGCCGGCGAGGAGGACUCCAGCGACCAGAGCGAGCUCAGCUGCGCCUCCAGCCUGCAGUCCGCCCACCACCUGAGCACCGACAGCUCCUCCAGCACCACCUCGCACUCCUGCCGCUCGCCCGAGGGCCGCUACCGCGCGCUCAAGGCUAAGCACGCCGCCGCCGCCGCGGGGAAGGGCGGGGCCGAGGGCGGAGGGGGCGGGGGCAAACGGCGCUCCUCCCGCCGCACCCCCAGCACGGGCAGCGCUAAGACUCACGCGCGGGUCCUGAGCCUGGACAGUGGCACCGCCGCCUGCCUUAACGACCCCAACCGCCUUGGCGCCCCCGCCGGGCCCCGCCCCCUCACCACCUCCAAGUCGGACCUGGAGGCCAAAGAGGGCGAGGUCCUGGACGCCGCCUCCCUCCUGGGCCGGGCCUCGCAGCUGGAGUCCGUCACGCGCUCCCGAAACAGCCUCCCCAGCCAGGCCGCCUUCUCCGAGUCCCAGGACACUGCCAGCACCUCCCGGGCCCCCGGCGCCGAGGAGACGGUGACGUUCCGCCGCGAGCGCAGCACGUUCCGCCGGCAGGCGGUGCGGCGGCGGCACAACGCCGGGAGCAACCCCACGCCCCCCGCCUCCCUCAUCGGAUCGCCUCUCAGUCUUCAGGAAGCUCUGAGCCAGGCCUCCCAGCCUUCUGCUUCCCAGGUCAAAGGGCAGCCGUCUCGAACCCCGUCCCAGGUGACCGUGCUGAGCGCGAGCGCCUCCCUGCUGGCCAGGAAUGGAAGUGUGCACCUGGAGGCGUCUCAGGACAAAGCCUCCACUGUGGGUGCCACCAGCCUGCAGGACGACUUUGGGAAGCUCACGCCCUCUCUCUAUGAAGCAGGAGGCUGUGACAUGUCUCUGGUCAACUUCGAACCCGCCACCAGGCGAGCCUCCAACAACAUCUGGGACACUGACUCCCAUCUUUCUAGUUCUACCUCAGUUCGCUUUUAUCCUCAUGAUCUGCUCUCCCUUCCUCAGAUCCGCCUGAACCGUCUCCUGACGAUGGACCCGGAGCUGCUGGAGCAGCAGGACGGGGACCUGAGCCCCGAGCUGCCCGAGGACCCGGCCAGCGCCGCGCACAAGGCCAAGCAGUACUACCGCCUGUGGCUGCUGCCCUACCUGUGGGUGGGGCUGCACUUCGACAGGCUCACCCUGCUGGCUCUGUUCGACCGGAACCGUGAUGUGAUGGAGAACAUGCUGGCGGUGGUGCUGGCCGUCCUGGUUGCCUUCCUGGGCUCGGUGCUGCUGGUCCACGGCUUCUUCACCGACAUCUGGGUCUUUCAGUUCUGCCUGGUGAUCGCCAGCUGCCAGUACUCGCUGCUGAAGAGCGUUCAGCCGGACUCCUCCUCCCCCAGACACGGCCAUAACCGGAUCAUCGCGUACAGCCGGCCCGUGUACUUCUGCCUGUGCUGCGGCCUGAUCUGGGUGCUGCACUACGGGAGCGUGAGGACCGCCCCCGCCCGCGUCACGCUCUACGGCGUGGCGCUCACCAGCUCCCUGCUGCUGGCCUCCGCCCGCGACCUGGUCAUAGUGUUUACACUGUGUUUCCCCAUCAUAUUCUUCGUCGGCCUGCUGCCGCAGGUGAACACCUUCGUCAUGUACCUGUUUGAGCAGGUGGACAUCCACGUCUUUGGGGGGAACGCCUCCACCAGCCUGCCCUCGGCCCUCUACAGCGUCCUGCGCAGCGUCGUCACGGUAGCGCUGCUCUACGGCCUCUGCUACGGAGCCCUGAAGGAGUCGUGGGACGCCCAGCACAUCCCUGUGCUCUUCUCUGUGUUCUGUGGGCUCCUGGUGGCUGUGUCCUAUCACCUGAGCAGGCAGAGCAGCGACCCCUCCGUCCUCAUCUCCUUGGUGCAGUCCAAGAUGUUCCCCAACUUGAAGGACAAAAACCCGGAGGACCCUCUAUCUGAGGUGCAGGACCCCCUGCCGGAGAAGCUGAGGAGCUCCGUGAAUGAGCGGCUGCAGUCUGACCUGAUUGUGUGCGUCGUCAUCGCUGUCCUCUACUUCGCCAUCCACGUCAGCACAGUGUUCAUUGCACUGCAGCCCUUUCUGAGCUAUGUCCUCUAUGCACUGGUGGGCACGGUGGGUCUGCUCACCCACUACCUGCUGCCUCAGGUGCGCAAGCAGUUGCCGUGGUACUGCUUCUCGCACCCCCUGCUUAAGACCAAGGAGUACUAUCAGUUUGAGGUCAGGGGCGCGGCCCAUGUGAUGUGGUUUGAGAGGCUGCACGUGUGGCUGCUGUUUGCGGAGAAGAACGUCCUCUACCCGCUGGUCAUCCUGAACGAGCUCAGCGGCAGCGCUCGCGAACUCGCCAAAAAGCUCGACACAGAGGUGGGGGCUCUGAUGAUCACUGUGGCCGGGUUGAAGCUGCUGCGGUCCUCCUUCAGCAGCCCCACCUACCAGUACGUGACCGUGCUCUUUACCGUCCUCUUCUUCACCUUCGACUACCGCGCCCUGUCCGAGACCCUGCUGCUCGACCUCUUCCUCAUGUCCAUCGUCUUCAGCAAGCUGUGGGAGCUCUUCUACAAGCUUCGCUUCGUCUACACCUACAUCGCGCCCUGGCAGAUCACCUGGGGCUCCGCCUUCCACGCCUUCGCCCAGCCCUUCGCCGUGCCUCACUCUGCCAUGCUGUUUGUCCAGGCCGUGGUGUCUGCCGUGUUCUCCACGCCGCUCAACCCCUUCCUGGGCAGCGCCAUCUUCAUCACCUCUUACGUCCGACCCGUGAAGUUCUGGGAGAGAGACUACAACACGAAGAGAGUCGAUCACUCAAACACUAGACUGGCCUCUCAGCUGGACCGAAACCCAGGCUCUGACGACAACAACCUGAACUCCAUCUUCUACGAGCACCUGACGCGCUCGCUGCAGCACAGCCUGUGCGGGGACCUGCUGCUGGGCCGCUGGGGGAACUACGGCACGGGCGACUGCUUCAUCCUGGCCUCCGACUACCUCAACGCCCUGGUGCACCUGGUGGAGAUCGGCAACGGCCUGGUCACCUUCCAGCUGCGCGGCCUGGAGUUCAGGGGGACGUACUGCCAGCAGCGGGAGGUGGAGGCCAUCACGGAGGGGGUGGAGGAGGACGAGGGCUGCUGCUGCUGCGAGCCGGGCCACCUGCCCCACGUGCUGUCCUUCAACGCGGCCUUCGGCCAGCGCUGGCUGGCCUGGGAGGUGCUGGUCACCAAGUACGUGCUGGAGGGCUACAGCAUCACCGACAACAGCGCCGCCUCCAUGCUGCAGGUGUUCGACCUGCGACGCAUCCUCACCACCUACUACGUCAAGGGAAUCAUCUACUACGUGACGGCCUCGCCCAAGCUGGAGGAGUGGCUGGCGAACGAGACCAUGCAGGAGGGGCUGCGCUGCUGCGGCGAGCGCAACUACGUGGACCUGGACCCCACCUUCAACCCCAACAUCGACGAGGACUACGACCACCGGCUGGCCGGCAUCUCCAGGGACAGCUUCUGCGGGGUCUACCUGAGCUGGAUCCAGUACUGCAACUCCCGCAGGCCCAAGCAUCUGGAGAGCGAGAAGGACUCCCCCCUGGUGACGCUGUGCUACGGCCUGUGUGUGCUGGGCCGGAGGGCGCUAGGAACUGCCUCGCAUCACAUGUCCAGUAACCUGGAGUCUUUCCUGUACGGGCUGCACGCGCUCUUCAAGGGCGACUUCCGCAUCUCCUCCGUCCGGGACGAGUGGAUCUUCGCCGACAUGGAGCUGCUCAGGAAAGUCGUGGUGCCCGGAAUCCGCAUGUCACUCAAACUGCACCAGGACCACUUCACCUCUCCAGAUGAGUACGAGGAGCCGGCGGUUCUGUUCGAGGCCAUCUCGACCCACCAGCAGAACCUGGUGAUCGCCCACGAGGGCGACCCGGCCUGGCGGAGCGCGGUGCUGUCCAACUCGCCCUCGCUGCUCGCCCUGCGCCACGUGCUGGACGAGGGCACCAACGAGUACAAGAUCAUCAUGCUCAACCGCCGCUACCUCAGCUUCCGCGUCAUCAAGGUGAAUAAGGAGUGUGUCCGCGGGCUGUGGGCGGGGCAGCAGCAGGAGCUGGUGUUCCUGCGGAACCGGAACCCGGAGCGCGGCAGCAUCCAGAACGCCAAGCAGGCGCUGCGCAACAUGAUCAACUCGUCAUGUGACCAGCCCAUCGGCUACCCCAUCUACGUGUCGCCCCUGACGACCUCCUACUGCAACUCCCACGCCCAGCUCGGACACAUCCUGGGGGGCCCCAUCAGCAUCAGCAACAUCCGCAACUUCGUCGUCAGCACCUGGCACAGAUUACGGAAGGGGUGCGGGGCGGGGUGCAACAGCGGGGGGAACAUCGAGGAUUCGGACGCCGGGGGGAUGUCCUGCGCCAGUGGAAACGGGACGGGCGUCAGCGUCUCCCAGCAGAGCUCUGUCUCUCAGGGAGGGGUGACUGGCCCAGCACAGCCUCUGUCCUACCAGCCACACUCCCUGGGCACCAGUCAGAGCUCGCAGUCGGUGCAGUCGGGCCUGGUGCGCCACUCCCCCGCGCGGGCCUCGGUGGCCAGCCAGUCGUCCUCGUACCGCUACAGCAGCAGCCGCCACUCGUCGCUGCGCACCUCGGCCACGGGCCUGGAGCCCUGCCGCCGCUCGUCCACCAGCCAGCUGUCGCUGCGCACGCUGCCCGCCUCGCUGCAGCUGCGGCUGACCUCCGACCCCGCCGGCCCCGCGGGCCCCGCCGGGCCCUCCUCCUCGCUGUCCAGCCACAGCAUCCCGCCCUGUAAGCGCCACACGCUGGUGGGCCUGCUGGGCAGCGAGGGCCUGGGCGGGGCCGACCCCGCCCCCCAGCACCACCCCACCCUGUCGGCCGUGCGCAGGGACGACAUCUCCUACAGGGUGCAGAUCGUGGACGUGAGUCAGGUCCUGGAGAACAUCAACCUGUCGAAGCGCAAAGAGCUGCAGUGGCCCGACGAGGCGGCGAGGCUGCGAGCCGGACGCAUCUGCUGGAGGGAGUGGAGCCCCCUAGAGGGCAUGGAGGGACAUGUGAUUCACCGAUGGGUGCCUUUCAGCCGGGAUCCGGGCAGUCGCUCCCACAUCGACAAGACCAUCCUGCUGGUUCAGGUGGAGGAUAAGCUGGUGCCCAUCAUGGAGGGCGGGGUAAUCGAGCUGGGCGCGGAGGUCUGAGCCAGGAGGCCCAGCCCCCCCCAUCCCCCCCCC